AUGCUUUCACUCUCGGGACUCGCGUUGUUCGCUGGCAUUGCCUCAGCAUAUGUAGUCAGCAACGGGACGACCUGUUACUUGUAUCCUGAAUCGCAGAUACAUCUUGGCCGUAACGUGGACGACACGCCGUCCAUCCAUCAGGCUUUCGACCAGUGCGGAACCAAUGGAACAGUCGUGUUCACCGAGGAGACCUUCCAUCUAAACACCGUGGUCAAUACUACUGGUCUGCUGAACUGUCUCGUGGAGCUCAAGGGGGAGCUGCUUUUCUCGACAAAUGUGCCAUACUGGCUCUCUCACAGCAUCAGCGUUGGCUUGCAGAAUCAGUCUACAGCGUGGCUGUUUGGCGGUACGAAUGUGACCUUCCUCGGCCAAGGAGGAUCGAUCAACGGCAAUGGUCAGACAUGGUACGACGAGAACCAGAAUCACUCGAAUCAGCCUGGCCGUCCCAUCACGAUCACCUUUUCCAACUCCACCAAUCUCUGGAUAGAGAACUUGCGUAUCAUCCAGCAACAGUUCUGGGCAACUUUCGUCACAUAUAGCCAUAACGUCACAAUGAAAGACGUCUACGUCAACGGUACAUCUAAUAGCAGGUGGAACACCGUCAACACCGAUGGCAGUGACACCUGGAACUCACGAGACAUCCUGAUGGAGAACUGGACCGUCGUGACAGGCGAUGACUGUAUAGCUGCCAAAGGCAACACAACCAACCUCCACGUAAAGAAUGUUACGUGCUACGGGGGUGCAGGCAUGACCAUAGGCUCCGUGGGCCAGUAUCCAAAUUCACCAGAUUACGAUGAGAACAUCGUCUUUGAGCAAGUGCGUACCAUAGAUACGUUCAACGGAGCAUACAUCAAGACCUGGCAAGGUGAAACGGCUGGUGUCUCAAGUAAUGGAGAUGCUGGUGGUGGUGGUUCCGGACUUAUCAGGAAUAUUACCUUCAAAGACUUCGACAUGAUCAACUGCUCGCUUCCUUUGCAGAUCACCCAAUGCAUUUACACAGAAGACGCGGGUGCCUGUGAGACGUCGAAGAGCAGGUAUAUUGAGGAUAUCCACUUUGAGAACAUCACUGCGACGUCUCGGUACAACAUCGCCGCCUCCUUGUAA